AUGGAGGUCCGACACAAACUUACCUUCUCCCCCAGCGACUGCGAGGAGGAGGACGGGCACAGCACCGGAGACGACUCGGCCUUCCAGGAGAGCGAACCGGGCCGGGAGGAGGACGACGAGGCGGGGAGCCCCCGGGGAGCCGGGCCUGGCCGGAGGACGAGGAGGGCAUCGGGGGCUCGCCUGUCAAAUCCCCCCGAGGAGGAGGAGGAGGGGCGGGCGGCUACCUCAUGAGUCCCGGGUCACCCUACCGGAGGGGGCAACGGGAAGGAUCCAGCUCCCCCCUCCCCGACUGUCCCGGGACCCCGCCCCACAAGACCUUCCGCAAGCUGCGCCUCUUCGACACCCCGCACACCCCAAAGAGGAGUUUUAUUGUCCAGAGCUCGUGGAAUCGCUUCCAACGGCUUGAGGACCCGCGGCACGUCUCUGUUCCAGGAUGCGGAAAGGUUGGACAGGUUGGAGUCCAGGGGUACAGCACUCCUCACUGCAACAUCAACCCGUUCACCCGGAGUCUGUGGAUCUGCAGACGUCAAUCGGGGAACACCCGGAGGAGGAAGAGGACGAGCUGUGACCGGUUCGGACGGGGAAGUGAUGGAGGGAAAGCGAUGGAGAGUUGGAUGAUGGGAUCAGGCCGGCGAAGAGGAUCACAAUUACAGAAAGUAACAUGAAAUCCCGCUACGCCAUCGAGUUCCACGAGCUGACGAAGAUCGGCUCGGGUCAGUUUGGCGCGGUCUACAAGUGCGUGAAGCGGCUGGACGGAUGCAUAUACGCCAUCAAACGCUCGAAGAAACCUCUUGCCGGCUCCGUUGACGAGCAGAACGCACUGAGGGAAGUGUACGCACACGCAGUCCUGGGUCAGCACACGCAUGUAGUUCGAUAUUACUCGGCGUGGGCAGAAGACGAUCAUAUGCUGAUUCAGAACGAAUACUGCAAUGGUGGCAGUUUAGCGGAUUCCAUUAGUGAAAACUACCGCAAUAUGCGCUACUUCACUGAGCCGGAAUUGAAGUUCCUUCUCCUACAAGUGGCCCGAGGAUUGAAGUACAUCCAUUCCAUGGCUCUGGUCCAUAUGGACAUCAAGCCAAGUAACAUCUUCAUAUCCCGGACGGUGGUGCCGAGCUCCAUCAUAGAAGAAGUGGACGAUGAAGAUUGCGGCCCUCAGAAAGUGAUUUAUAAAAUAGGUGACCUGGGUCAUGUGACCAGGAUAUCCAGUCCUCAGGUGGAGGAAGGCGACUGCCGGUUCCUGGCCAAUGAAGUCUUACAAGAAGACUACUCCCAUUUGCCGAAGGCAGACAUAUUCGCCCUGGCACUGACCGUCUGGUGCGCUGCCGUACCAUACCGACCCCCUCCCUUCAAACGGAGACCAGUGGCAUGAAAUCAGGCAAGGCAGGUUGCCCACCGUGCCCCAAGUUCUGUCCCAGGAGAUGAUGGAUCUCAUGAAGCUAAUGAUUUCCCCGGAUCCAGCGAAAAGGCCGUCCUCUGUGGCCCUCGUCAAACACCCGGGCUGCUGCUCCUUUCUGCGUCCCGCAAGAGUGCCGAGCAACUCCGAAUAGAACUCAAUGCUGAGAGGUUCAAAAACGCUCUUCUGCAAAAGGAACUGAAGAAAGCACAGAUAGCGAAAGCCGCAGCGGAGGAGCGAGCCUUGUGUCCCGACAGAAUGACCACACACGAUCGACGGCGCAAAGCGGCAGAGCCGCCCGCCUCAUAGGAAAAAAAAAUGAACCGAUCGGUCAGCCUGACGAUAUAUUGA